CCGCGUCCCGCCCCGGAGUCAGAGCCUUAAGGCCGCCGCCGCCGCCUGGCAGAGAGUUCGUGUGGCUGUCGCGGCGCGGAGUAUGGGGCUCUGAUGGCCAUGGACGGCUACAAGGGCUUUCUGGGGCUGCUGGUGUCGGCGCUGCUCGUCGGUUUCCUGUCCGUGAUCUUCACCCUCAUCUGGGUCCUCCACUACCGGGAGGGACUCGGCUGGGAUGGGACCAUGCUCGAGUUUAACUGGCACCCGGUGCUCAUGGUCACUGGCUUCGUCUUCAUCCAGGGCAUCGCCAUCAUUGUAUACAGACUGCCAUGGACCUGGAAAUGCAGCAAGCUCCUGAUGAAGUCCAUCCAUGCAGGGUUACACACCGUUGCUGCCAUUCUCGUAAUUAUCGCUCUGGUGUCCGUUUUUGAUUUCCACAAUGCCUUGAGUAUCCCCAACAUGUACAGUCUACACAGCUGGGUCGGGCUGACGGUUGUCAUACUCUACAUCUUACAGCUACUCCUAGGGGUUUUCAUCUUUCUGCUUCCUUGGGCUCCACUUUCCCUCCGAGCACUUGUCAUGCCCGUGCAUGUCUAUUCUGGGCUCCUCAUCUUUGGAACGGUGAUUGCAGCGGUACUUACGGGAGUGACUGAGAAACUGUUCUUUGCCCUGAAGGGUUCUGGAUACAGUACAUUCCCACCAGAAGGUGUUUUCACAAAUACCCUUGGCCUCCUGAUUGUGGUGUAUGGGGCACUCAUUUUUUGGAUAGUCACCAGACCACAGUGGCAACGUCCUAAAGAACCAAAUUCUGUCCUGCUUCAGCCAAAUGGAGGCGCUCGAGAGGGAGCAGAAGGCUUAGCAGUCAACUUCAGCAAUGUGGACACGUCAGAUUCAAAAUUAAAUAGUGAAACAACAGCGAAGAAAAGAAACUUGACCGUUGAUGAGGCUGGACAGAGAUCCACCAUGUAGAAUGUUGUAGAGAUGUGGCCAUAUAGCUUCACUUUUAAAAACCAGCUCUACAGUUUAGCUUCUCCUAUUUAGCCCCAGGAUGACUAAGCUCCGCAGAGUCAAUAUUUCUUUUAAUCAUAAAGUAGGAUUCCUUGGAAGAGUUUGUAUUGAUUGAGGCCUAUGAUCUUUUUUUAAAAAUUUUUUUAUUGUUAUGUUAAUCACCAUAUAUUACAUCAUUAGUUUUUGAUGUAGUGAGGUCUAUGAUCUUACCUGAAUUGGAAAGGAGAUGAUCUGUGUAAAUAAUAGAAGAUAUAAAUGGUGGUUAUGUUAACCUCUUUCUUGUUGAGGACCAAAACAUUUAGCACAGUGCCUUGCAUAGAACGGAUAAUCAAAAUGUGUCUCUCAAACCAAACCAAAACAAAACAAAAAAACACUAAAAAAAAAAAAAAUGUGUCUCUCAGUUGGUAAAUUUCAUCAAUUGGCAGCAUCUCUGGCCUCUUGUCGUGUAGUUAUUUCCUGUUAAUUCUGGGAAUCCAGUCCUAAUGUUUUAGAGUCAGAUCUGGGGCAGGGUUGAUGCUACACAGAUAACAAGUAGAGUACAGGAAAAAUUUAGGAAAGUGACUGGUUCCCUUUCCAAGUGCCUGCCCUCUGCUCUCUCCCCAACUAGUUUGAGCUCAGAUUGGCCCUGGAGACUGGAGUUUAUAAUUAGAGCAUUUUGGAGCAGUGACUGAGCCAAAAGUAGCUAACGAGAUCUUCUCUUCUCAGACCUGGAAGUUUUUCCAAAUCUCAACUUCGUCCCAAAGCUUCCUUGGGGCUUGGUGUACUUUCUAAGCCAGAUUCCAAAACCUAAUUAGAAUGGACCAUGCCUGAAAGCUUACGUAGUAGCAUAAACUGCUCUCCACACCUCAAAGAGUACUUUUUCCCAAGUUUCUGUUUUUAUUUUAGAAAGUACUUACAUGGCACUUAUUACAUGCCGGACACUGUUCUAAGCACUUUAUAAAUAUUAACUCGUUAAAUCCUCAAACUUUACACUGUAGGUACUAUUAUUAUCUCCAUUUGACAGCUGGGAGAUUUGAAGCUUAGAAAUGUUAGUAACUUCCCCCAAGGUCAUACAGCUCAUCAGUGAUAGAACUGAGAUUUGUCACAUGGCUGUCUGACUCCUCAGUCCAUGACCCUAACCAUUUUACUCUGCUACAUUUUCUAUUAUAUACUAGUUUGUACCUACUCUGACUCACCCCUGGAUAAAUCCCAAUUGCUGGAGUGCAGUGGAGUUGUUAAAGUUUACCUUCUGGCUCUCUCUUCCAAAGCAGAUUCCUCAAAUAACCAAGGAAAGAGGCCCACCCAUACCUGGAAAUAGAUCAUGGCACCCCACCACUGCCAACAAGCCAUGGCCCACCUUGAUGCCCCUUUGAUCUUAAAAUUGUGUCUUGGUGACAAAAAAAGGUUUGGGCAAAAACAUCUGUAACUUUCAAGAUUAAUCAAUUACAAUUUUUGUUCUUCAGCAUCUUAGCUGCUGAAUAGCUUUGGGUUUGGAGAUAGGAGAGAUUCACUUGUGGUCUGCCCUUCCCAGUGGCAAUAGCCAAGAUCCUUCCUGAUGUUGGUGGAGUUUUAGGGGACAUCUGGAGCUUUGGGUUCUCAGUAUGAAUUGAGACUCAGAGGUGACCUCUUUCGUGCAUGGACACUUCUGUCUAGACUCGGGGCUGACUUAAAUUAAAACCUAGAGUAGUGGGGCUCCUGGGUGGCUCAGUCAGUUGAGCAUCUGACUUGGUUUUGGCUCAGGUCAUGAUCUCAUGGGUGGUGGGAUGGAGCCCUGCCUUGGGUUCUGUGCUCGACAGGGAGUGUCCUUGAAGAUUCUCUCCUUCUGUCCCUCCUCCCACUCAUGUGCAUGCACAUGUGUUCUCUCUCCCUCUAAAAUAAAUAAAUAAAUCUAAAAAAAACCCACCAAAACCUAGAAUAGUGCCUAUGCUGAAAUGAUGCUUUUCAUUUGUUUUUGUUUUUGUUUUUGUUUUUGUUUUUGGUUUCCCUGCGAUUUUAAUGUGGGUAAAAACCUUAGAGUUUGCAACAAACACACUUAACCUUUUUGGUGCUUAGUGGAGUUCCUUUUAAGUUGAGUGAUAAUUACCUCCAUAGACUGAAUAUGAGCUUCACUGCAUCAUACCAGUUAAGCUUCAUGGCUAACCAUUGAAGAUUCCCUUGCCAAAAUACUCUUUUCUUCCUAUUUAAUUCUAUUUCCGAAAUUGGUAAUGGUGUCAUAAGUAUGCCCAGUGCCCAGCCCAAUGCCUGGCACAUAGUAGGCACAAUUAAAUUCAAUAUGGGUAGAGCAUGCUACAAUUUUGGUGUCAAGUGGAAGGAAUAAUUGCACUGUCACACACAAACAUAUUUUCGAUAAAUGGAUGUUUCUGUAUAUAAAGGUGCCCCAAAUUCCAGGAGUUUUUUGGGAGGAAAGGGGUCAGCGACAGCACCAAUGAUUGAAGAUGUCAUUCCAUUUUACAAAGGCCAAGGAAGAGGCUACUAGUGAAAAGUUAAUUACGAAUUUGGCAUGAGAAUAUUCUAUUCCAUUGCAAAGUAUUUGAGCACCCAUCAUCUCAGCCCUUUACUUUCUCUCUCUUGUGGGCUAAUGUGAGAGCAAUCUUACGGAUAUUAUAAGAACUUCUUUCUUCCUCAACCUUUAUGAAAACAAUGCAUAGUAAAAUAUAUCUAGAAAACCUUUCUGAGACUCUUCUUUUAAUGGGCUUUUUAUUCUAAUGGUAAUUGUACCUUUAUCUUUCAAAAGCUGGUAUUUCCUACCUAAAGCCAUCUCUCCCCAAAAUAUCUCAUUAAAAAGUCCACAGGAAAAAAAAAGGGAGAAGAAAGCCUUACGUAUCAUUUCCAAAACAGUGAUUGAAACCUUCCCAAAUAAUUAUAGCUUAUAUCAUCAGCAGAGGUAGUCUGGCUUGGCUUACCCCAUAAUCUAAUUUCAGGGGUGGUGGCGGGGGGAGCUUUAUUUUAACACUCAUCUAAAUCAACACUAAAGCCUUUUCUCUGGAAGGAUUUAUUGAGAAACUCAAAUGAAUAUGCUUUUUGAAUUAAUGUUCUCCAAGGCGUAUAGCUUCCUGUGCUUCUGUGUCAGACUGAAUUCACCCUCCAGAACACUUUCCUUCCCUCGCCUUGUGUGGUUUCAUUUAAGCCGCGCUGGUUAGAAACAGCAUCUCAGACCUUACAAUCAAAUGACAAAGAAGGCAAUUGGACUUUUUCAGGAAUACUGACAAGUGGUUUCUGUUUUCUAAAGGACAAAAUAAAGAGAAUGUCUUGUUUUUAAUUAGGCUCUUUUCCCUGCUGAGUCGAAAAUUGCAGUACCAUACCAGUUGACCACCACUGCCAGAUCUAAAAGCUCAAGAAAGGAGUAAAGUGUUAUGCUAAUUUCAUUGCCAUGUGAUAGAAUUUUUUAUCUUGUUAGGUCCUUUCUUAGAGAAUCCUGACAGAAAACUGUAACUGCUAUGUCUCAGAGCUGCACAUAGGAAAGUAUAGAAAAAAGAAAACUAUUAUUCUUUGUCCCUUAGGAGAUACCUGAAAACUUCUAAGUGGAAAAGAUUACUGUGUUUAAAUUUGCCUUCUUGUGGAAAAACAUGAAGUAGCCCAAAUAUUUUAUAAUUUUGUAGAAAAAAAUACGCAUCUAUUUUUUUUCUUGACUUGUUUUUAUAUAGUAAUAAAAGUUAUUUUGGAAG